GGAGGGGUGGGGCUACGGGCGCUGUCGCAGUGAGCGGCGCUGGAGGCGCGCGGUGCGGUGCGCGUUGCGUGGCCCAGCCCGGCGGGUCUCCUCGGCGGGGACGGGGCUAAAAAAGUCCCCCGAGCGGUUCGAUGCGGUUAGGUCCUUCCUGAGCGAUGGGCGGGCAGGAGAGCGGAGCUCCCCCUGUGAGCGGCGGGCGGGCGCCGCUCCGUGCCUCCUCCUGAUGUAACGGCGCCCGUCGGCGCUGACAGCAGCGGGCAGCACCGCGGGGACCCUGCGCGCUGUCGGGCUCGGAGCUGUCGGAGGGACGCUCAGCCCGAGCCGACACCUCCCGCGGCCCCGUUCCGUCCAGCUCCCCGGGCGAAAGCCGUUUCUGGAAACGUGCUGAGGAGGGGGAUGUCCUCAGCCCUGCCCGCCCUGCCUCACCUCCGGCCCGGAGCUCCCCGCCCCUCCCGGGCCGGCGGAGCCGAGCGAUCCGACGGCUGAUGGGAAGCCCGGAGGGAGAGGGCGAAAGCGAACCGAAAUGCCGCAGCAUGAACCCACCGCCUAGAGGGACGGGAUCGCGCCUACCCGGCACCUCUCCGUGAGCCGAGCCUGGAAGCCGCCGUCCGGCGCCCGCCCCGGGAUGCGCUCCCCGCCGCCUUCAUGCCGGGAGGGGGGACCCUGAGCCGCCGCCCCGCGAACCUCUCGGCCGCGGCCGCCGCCCCACCCCGCAGCGUCCGCCCGCAGGACCCAGGGCAGCGGCGGGGCCCCGCGGCUCAUCGAUCCCCGCACCCACCCACGUGCAACCCCGUGAAGGCGUCCGCGGCGCCGCGUCCCUGAGCCCUGAGCCCUUCGCUGCGGCGGCGGCUGUGGUGGUGGUGGUGGUGGCGGUGGCGGUGGGUCCCACCCGUCGGCCGCGAUCCGCCGCCCCAUGGUGCUGCCGCGGAAGCUGCCGGGGAUGCCGGGCUGGCCGGCCGCGCUCGGGCUGCGGCUGCCGCAGAAGUUCCUGUUCCUGCUCUUCCUCUCGGGCCUGCUCACGCUGUGUUUCGGGGCCCUUUUCCUCCUGCCCGAUUCCUCUCGCUUCAAGCGCCUCUUCCUGCCCCGCCGGGCCACCUCUUCAUCCUCCUCCUCCUCGUCGUCAUCCACUCGGGACACUGAGCUGCCCCGCAGUCCGCCCGCCGCCGCCGAGCCCCGCCACGCCAGCCCCGCCGCCCCCCGCCGCCUUCGGGAGAAGCUCCGCGCCCGCAACGCUGCCCCAGCGGCACACACGGCCCCGGCGUCCCGCCCGCAGGGACCCGAUGGCGAGCGCCCGGCCGAGGUCGGCACCGGGGCUCCCCGCGAGUCACGAGCUCCGUUCCACUUCGACUACGAGCGGUUCCGCCAAAGCCUUCGGCACCCGGUGCGGGGCGGGCGGCCCGACCAGGACCCCGACACCCGAGCCCAAAGGAUGAAGAUCAAAGAGAUGAUGAAAUUCGCUUGGGAUAACUACAAGCAGUACGCGCUUGGAAAAAAUGAGCUGCGGCCGCUGACUAAGAAUGGCCACAUUGGUAACAUGUUUGGAGGUCUUCGAGGAGCUACAGUGGUAGAUGCCUUAGAUACGCUGUACAUCAUGGAACUGGAGGAGGAAUUCCAAGAAGCAAAAAAAUGGGUGGAGAAGAGCUUUGACUUGAAUGUGAACGGAGAAGCAUCCUUGUUUGAGGUGAACAUCCGCUACAUUGGAGGACUGCUGGCGGCGUACUACUUAACUGGAGAAGAGGUGUUCAAGAGUAAAGCUCUGGAACUCGGGGAGAAACUUUUGCCAGCUUUUAACACCCCCACGGGUAUCCCACGUGGCGUCAUAAAUCUGGGCAGCGGCAUGAGUUGGAGUUGGGGUUGGGCAUCUGCUGGAAGCAGCAUCUUAGCAGAAUUUGGGACCUUGCACUUAGAAUUCCUGCACCUCACCGAGCUCUCUGGCAACCCAGUGUUUGCGGAAAAGGUGCUCAACAUCCGCAAAGUCCUGAAAAGAGUGGAGAAGCCGCAGGGCCUUUAUCCCAACUUCCUCAGCCCGGUGACGGGGAACUGGGUGCAGCACCAUGUCUCUAUUGGAGGGCUUGGAGACAGCUUUUACGAGUAUCUCAUCAAAUCGUGGUUGAUGUCAGACAAGAAGGACACUGAAGCAAAAAAGAUGUACGACGAUGCACUAGAGGCAAUAGAGAAGCACUUGGUCAAAAAAUCUGCAGGAGGAUUGACCUACAUUGCUGAAUGGAGGGGUGGCAUCUUGGACCACAAAAUGGGCCACUUGGCUUGCUUCUCCGGGGGCAUGAUAGCGCUUGGAGCCGAACACGCCGGAGAAGAGAGGAAGCAACACUACAUGGAUCUCGCUGCAGAAAUAACAAACACGUGUCACGAGUCUUACGCACGCUCAGAUACCAAACUUGGCCCCGAAGCCUUUCGUUUUGAUGCUGGAACUGAAGCCAUGGCAACCAGACUCAGCGAGCGCUACUACAUCCUGCGCCCAGAAGUGGUGGAAAGCUACGUGUACAUGUGGCGGCUGACACACGAUGUCAAGUACAGGCAGUGGGGCUGGGAGGUUGUGAAGGCUCUGGAAAAACACUGCAGAGUAGAGGCUGGUUUUUCUGGCAUCCGAGAUGUUUACAGCACAGUCCCAACCCAUGACAACAUGCAACAGAGUUUUUUCCUUGCCGAGACUCUGAAGUACCUCUAUCUUCUGUUCUGUGAAGAUGACGUGCUGUCUCUGGACGACUGGGUGUUCAACACAGAGGCUCACCCCCUGCCAGUCAACCACUCAAACUUUAAAGUUAAAGCGAGCGUGCAAUAGUGAGGCCAUUGCCCAGCACCCUGCUCCCACAGCAUCGGCAGGUUACUGCAUUUCCUUUCCAUUAAAGGAAUUUGUGUUGUUCCUGAAAUGGUAUUUUGGGGCACUAGUCCAAUUCCGGACAGUAUUCUAUUGGGAAGAUGAAACCAUGACGUAAGCACCUUAUUUUCCUCUGUGAGGAGCUCUAUUAGCCUGAUAAUGAGAUGUUUAUUCUGGGCCAUACUGUACACAGUUCAUAGACAUUCCUUUCUACAGAGAAUUUAUAUGAAAUCCACUGACUUUGCUUUAUAGUGGCCAAAGGACUGGAAGUUUUCCAUAAGAGACUUCCCCACGACACACACACACUCCUCCUUUCAUUCUUCUGUUUCAUUUUUGCCUUUUAUAUACUGUUGGAUUUAUCACCUUUCUAAUUAACAGUUUUCAAUAUACUGUGCUUUCUAAGUGGUGUCGAAACUGUAACUGAAGCAAAACCUGUCAGCAGAAUUCCUUAUCCUAAUGUAUUUUUAUAUUCUUUUUUUUUUUCCUGUGCUCUUAAAACACAUUUACCACCCGCCACAUCUCAUUUAUCUUCCCAUUAUCGUUUUUGUGCUUUUCUACUUUUAUUUGGAACUAAAUGUUACGAGUCACUUGUAAUAAUUUCACUGCUGUAAUAGUCCAAUCUGUGAAACAGAAUAUAGGUCUUGUAAAAUAAAAAGCAUUUCUGGGUUGACCCUACUUUAAAGCCA